AUGCGUGAGAGCAACAAGAACGCUCCCUACACCUUCAAGGAGGCGCCGGGCGAGCACAGAUUCUCGCUCAAGUUCGAGCCCUUGCAAUCGUUCCUCCCGCGCGCACGACACCUCCACUCAAUCGUCUCUCAAUUUCCCGCCUUUCAGGCCGAGGCCAUCGUGCCUAGCCUCGCGUGCCGAUGCAAGGCCGCUAAGCGGUUGCAGACAACUAAGUCAGUCGAUUCACAGGUGGCGGAGGUGAUUGACAAGAGGGAGCAGUCCAUCACCUUUGAUCCCUCGUGGCUGGUCAACUUGAGCGAAAAGAUCCUACUCGAGACAAAAGUGCACAAAAUCACACCACUCGUAUCCACGCCGGCCAGGGUGAUGCUGACGGAUGUGCGACUGUACCUUCAGCCAUUGAACAACAUUGAUCCGGAGCCGGUGCAGAAUAUGCAAAUGAAGAACCUACAGAAGGACGACGACCCGUUCCGGAUGUACACGCGCAAGUGGCAAGAGGGCGAGCUGAGCAACUACGACUACCUCAUGCUGCUUAAUCACAGAGCGGGGAGGACCGUGAAUGACAUUACGCAGUACCCCGUCUUUCCAUGGAUCAUCGCCGACUACCAAAGCAGCACAUUGGACGCACAAGCUGCUGAGCUGCGUCCCGUCUUUACUCCGAACCUUUUCUACUCAGACCUGAAGGACCCCAAAACCUUCCGCGACCUCAGCAAGCCAAUCGGAGCACUGAAUCCUCGUCGGCUUGAGAGCUUCAAGGAACGAUACCGAGACAUGCCCGAGCCGCGGUUCCUCUACGGCACCCAUUACUCCACUCCAGGUUAUGUGCUCUACUACCUGGUGCGCGCGGCGCCCGAGUACAUGCUCCGCCUGCAAAACGGCAAGUUUGAUGCGCCCGAUCGCAUGUUCCACAGCAUCGCCGACACGUGGAACAAUGCACUCAACCUCCCUGCCGACGUCAAGGAGCUGAUCCCCGAGUUUUACAACAUGCCCGACUUCUUGCUCAACACCGAGAGCCUCUACCUGGGCGUGCGGAGCAAUGGCGAGAUGUUGGGCGACGUGGUGCUGCCGCCGUGGGCGAACGGCCCCAGGGACUUUGUUACCAAGAUGCGCCAGGCACUGGAGAGUGACUACGUGUCCGAGAACCUCCAUAAGUGGAUCGAUCUCAUCUUUGGCUACAAGCAACGGGGCGCCGAGGCCAUUGCGGCCGACAACGCCGCGCCGCCGCCGCGUCCUCUGCUCUCAUCCCUCUUCUCGACCUUUUCGGCGUCCUUCUCGGGCUCCUCGCGCACAACGUCGCCCCACAAGACGCUCCCAUCAAUGAUGCGCUCGGCAUCGGGCACCUUGCCCAUCACCUCCUCGAGCAACAACUCGUACAGCGGGCCCCUGUCGCCUUCGUCCAAUGGCCACCCGCUCGCGCAGACGCUCUCGUCGUCGGCCGGGUGGGAGUGGGAGGAAGUGCUGUCGCACUCGCCCGUGGGCCUAUCGCCGUCGCUCGUCGACUCCUCGCCGGCACUCGAGGCCCUCAAGAAGGAAGAGCUCCUCGUGCCCGUCGAAGCCCUCCGCUUCCACGAUGUCGAGGAGAUUCCCGUCGAGAUCAUCAACCUCUCGCCGUCGGUCGGCCAGGAUGAGCCGAUGCGGUCGCCCAUGCCUUCCCCUGGGGCUGGCGGCGGGCGUCCGUCAGCUUCGUGGGACCGCCUGCUCGAACUUCCCACCCACUCCUCAUACCGACUUCACAGAGAUGUCAUCUCGUCGGUGUGCGUGUCGAUCAAGGAUAAUCGGGUAUACAGCGCUUCGCAGGACGGCACGUUCAAGGUGUGGGACAUCCGCGAGGAACGUCAACUGCGUAGCACCCAGAUCAGCGACCUGGCCCUCUCCUCCUGCUGCCUCCACAACAACGACGCCGUCGUUAUGCUGGGCUCGUGGGACAACAAUAUUUAUGUGUACUCGGUCGAUCACGGUCGG